AUGUCGUCGUUCCAAUUCCCCCAAGGCCCUAUCGAAGACGAGGAGGAGAUUGACACGGGCAAUCCGUUCGCAGAAGAGCCCGAGAUUGACACGGGCAUGGCGCAAGAACCCGCGAUUGACAUGGGCGGCAGUGUGGCCGACGGCUUUUCGUCGACCUUUGACUUUAGCACUGCCAGUAGUCUGACCAAUUACGACACGGAGCAACCUCCGUUUGACGAAGAGCCAGAGAUUUCGAUGUUGGACGAUGCGCCACGAGAAUUGCGUCAUAAUCCCAGCAUGCGACAACAAGAGCCGCUGGUAGAGACGGUCUACGAUGAGGAUGAGAUUUCUGCCGAUGGCGAUCGGUUGCCCCGUCACAGUCUCGUCGAUGCGACACUCAUGAAAGAUGCCACCAAUGUCAAGUCGGUUCAAUUUCAACUCAGCGAAGCGUUCGAUAGUAUCGUCGAAGCCAACUCGAUCAGUGAGGAAGGCGCUAAUUCCGUCGACUGGUCCGACGUGGAAAACAGAGUCAUGCGCCAGUCCAUCAAGUCGGGAGCCAGAGAACUCCUCAUGCUCAAUUUAUAUGACCUCGUCUUUUGGCUAUUUCGAUGGCCGCGAGUCGCCGUGAGCUACUGUCUGUCCGCCAUGGGCUGCAAACGAUGGUGGGCCGACGAUGACAAUGAGAAUGACGCCAACAAGACAACCUACCCCGCCGUCGUCCAGGAAAUGAAAGUCAGUGCGGCGCAAGCCGCCAAUCAAGCCGCAGCGGCGGGACCACAGGCUAUGUCCACGGCCAAGACGACCACGACUUCGGCCGUCACCACUACUGCUGUCACGGCCGCCUUGGCCGCCGGAAUUGCCAUUACGGCGGCUGUCGUCAUGACAAGAAGUAAUCCCGGGGCUACUGACCCCGUCGAUUAUUCCCGACCCGACCCGUUGGUGUGCAAUGGCUCCAUUCCCGAGGACUACGAAGUUAAAACCGGUAUUACCAGACUUGUCAUGGUCAAUGUCACGGCCGACGAAGUAUUGGACAAUAGGGAAGGACUCGAAAAUGCCAUGCGGGACGUGUACAACAACGGCACGGGAGGCUGCGACGAUGAAUACGAACGGUUCAUGCUCGAGAAUGAACUCGUACUAGCAGAAAACAUUACCAAUGAUGACGAUGAGGAUGUUCCCGUUACAUUUACCGUAUGGGAAUCCGAAGUCAGCUGCAACGGAUGUCCCGAUACCAACCCCAUCUUUGACGAUGGCGAUGACGAGCAAGUCGACCAGGAUGGCAGCACAUUACCAGAUGAAGAGAAGGACGACACCGUCAAUGAUCGCUUUAAUGACUUUGUCACACGCAUGUCUCCACAGAUUGGAGAAACGAUCGACCAAGGACAACCCGGUCCACCGCGCAAGACACCCAUUGUCUACAUUGAUGCCAUUGAUCCAACCAAUGACAAGGGGGAUAUUGUUGAAAGUCAAGGGACCAUGCCGAAUGAGUUGUUAAAGAUUCCCGACAAGACAACGGCUGUUGUGGAUCCGAAUGAUAUUCAAGAUCGGGAUGUGGUUGCCGACGAUGCAAACAACCAGGCACCGUCCGCUACAACCACAAACAAUCAGUCGCCGUCGGCGACAAAUACAAACAACCAGGCGCCGUCGGCGACAACCACAAACAAUCAGGCGCCCUCUGCAACAAACAAUCAGGCGCCCUCUGCAACAGGCAACCAAGCACCUUCUGCAACAGGCAACCAAGCACCGUCCAGCACAACGAAUGGGAAUCAGUCGCCCUCUGCUGCAUACUCGGGGCCGACAACAGGGGCUAACAACAACGCCCCAUCGAGCACGGCAAACAGGGCACCAUCAUCCGUGUCGGGCAAUGCACCAGGGGCCCCGUCAGCCCCAGCAACUGGUUCGCCUUCUUUCGUCCCCAGUGUCGUUGGUUCUAACAAUGCAAGUCCCAGCAACAGUGCCAAUCCUGCGGCGGCACGGCCAUCGGCAGUUGGCCCCAGUGCAGUGGCUCCCUCUGGUAACAGGGGCGAUCUAAGUCCAUCAGCGUCGUCACCAUCAAGUCCAUCAGUUCCUUGGUCUCCGAGUGGGUUAAUCAGCCCUUCCUUGAUGCUGUCAAACGAAACAACUGAGGGUCUUUUGGUGUUUGCGGCACAUCCACCCUCUUCUGCCGAGGUGACAAUUUCACCCAAUGGCUGGCCCAUUUCUCCCCCGUCGUCGCAAACCUCCUCCAAGCAAACCUUAACACCUUCCGUUGUGACAGUACUCAAGACUUACACAAACACCAAAAGCAAUCCAGGAAUUCCCACGGCAGCCUCUGCCCAACCUCCCAACGCUGCUUUGCCACCGAGCAGUAAUGCAAAUGGGAACGCGAAUGGCAAUCCCAAUGGUCUUAAUCCAACCAGGCAACCCACAACCAAUCCGACUGUGGAACCGACUCAGGAUCCAACUCCUAAUCCGACUGAGGAACCAACUCCAAGUCCAACUGAGGAACCAACAGAUGAGCCCACUCCAAACCCCACCGAGGAGCCCACACUGAAUCCUACUCUAGACCCAAUAUCAGCACCUACUUCUUCCCCUACCACCACUGAAACUGUCUAUGUUGUGUUAGACAGAUCCAACACCAAUAAUCCAAUUCUGGAAAACGAACUUGUUGCAGCUUUUACUCGUGCUGUCAACGCCACCGUAGACAUUCCAAACGAUCAAAGCGUGAAUGAUGUCUUGGCUAUCAGUGUCCAGGAGCAGAUCCAACUCCCCAGCGAAACAUCAACAGCCAUUGAGUAUCAAUUGACAUCAACAUUGGAUGAAGCUGUGUUGGAUCAAAUGAUGUCAGAACCAGAUAGAACUGACUUCCUCCAGACAUUCACCGACUCUAUGGAAAACAUGCAAGCCAUUGAUUUAACCGACUCUUUGGAUGAGUACUUCACGGUGACUGAUACAUAUUAUACCACAUUCGAGGGCACCAGUGGAGGCCUCAUCAACAGCCAUGACUUGGCCACAGCCUUCACUGAGGCCUUCAACUCCCUUCCAUUACCAGAAGGUUCACCUUCCAUCAUUGAAGCCGCUGCUGUUGGUGAGAUCCCUUUGGAGAGCGGCAUUGCUGUUGAAUUCACAGUCAGCUCUAACCCAUCAGGAAUCAGUGAACAAGUUCUGGAUUCAAGCAAUUUGGCCCAAAUCAUUCAGUCAAUUUCCGAUUCAUUGAGUGGCGGUGGGGCCCAGGCGGUGGAGGUUCUUACUACACUUGAUGGAGUGGUCGUGCCUGAGACCUUCUAUGUGACCUUUGAUGGCACCAGCGGUGGCUUGGUCGACAGUCAUGACCUGGGUACAAUUUUCACUGAGGCCGUUAACUCCCUUCCCUUGCAAGCAGGUUCUCCUCAGGUUGUUGGGGCCAUUGCUGUUGGUGAGAUCCCCUUGGAGAGUGGCAUUGCAGUAGAGUUUUCAGUCAGCUCAAAUCCUUCAGGAAUCAGUGAACAAGUUCUGGAUGCAAGCCAUUUGGCGGAGAUCAUUCAGUCUAUUACCGAUUCCCUUAGUGGCAGUGGGGCACAGGCAGUGGAUGUACUCUCUACACUGGACAAUAUUGUUGUGGAUGACACAUUUUAUGUGACCUUUGAUGGCACAAGCGGUGGCUUGGUCGACAGUCAUGACUUGGCCGCAGCCUUCACUGAGGCCUUCAACUCCCUUCCAUUACCAGAAGGUUCACCUUCCAUCAUUGCAGCCACUGCUGUUGGUGAGAUCCCUUUGGAGAGCGGCAUUGCAGUAGAGUUUUCAGUCAGCUCGAGUCCUUCAGGGAUCAGUGAACAAGUUCUGGAUUCAAGCAAUCUGGCCCAAAUCAUUCAGUCAAUUUCCGAUUCAUUGAGUGGCGGUGGGGCCCAGGCGGUGGAGGUUCUUACUACACUUGAUGGAGUGGUUGUGCCUGAGACCUUCUAUGUGACCUUUGAUGGCACCAGCGGUGGCUUGGUCGACAGUCAUGACCUGGGUACAAUUUUCACUGAGGCCGUUAACUCCCUUCCCUUGCAGCAGGUUCUCCUCAGGUUGUUGGGCCAUUGCUGUUGGUGA